GUCACCAGUAGUGAGACAGAGACCAGAGACAGAGUGAGAAAGGAUCAUGCCAAUCCUUCCUUUGGUCGUUGGGGCUGUAAUGCUCGUUGUACUCGUGGCAGGACUACUCAAUUACUUUGGCAACAGGGUUGAGCAUGCCUGGUACGUGAGUUUCGUUGCAUUCAUCUCCUGGUUCUUUCCUUUCUCAAUCGUCUUCCUCGUACCUUUGGACCUUUCUUCGACAUUAUGGCGAGAUUGUAAGGAAGAAGACAUGUGUAGAGAACCAUUCUUUUAUGUCUCGAGUGAAUUUCUUAUAGCGGCCUGGAGAACGAUUUACUGGUGCAGUUUUGUGCUGACAUGGGUGAUGAUCCCAUUGUUGCAGGAAUAUUCACAGUCAGGAGAGUUCACGGUCAUGAAGCGAUUCCGACAUGCAAUUCGAUAUAAUAUCAUUUACCAACUGAUUAUCGGAUCGAUUGCAUUGUUGGGUCUGAUCUAUGUCUGGUAUUCACAAGGAUCUAGCAAUCUGAGAGCCUAUAUCAUGGCCUUGUCCAACAGUUGGGGUCUGAUCCUAGUGAUUAUCUUUAUGGGUUAUGGAAUGGUGGAUGUACCGAGACGACUAUGGCAUAAGGGCGAUAAUGAGCGUGAAUUGAAGCGAAUUGCAUUCAAGGCCAGUGCUAUCAAAGAUAAGAAGCAGGAUACAGAGGACGACGUCUAUAAAGUCGCCAAGGAAUUGUCUGUAGUCUGUCACAAGGUUCAGUUGUCAGAUCCACUUCGUCCAUAUGUGAAUCAGAUGGUAGAGGAUUUUCCAGUCGUACGAGGCGUCCAGUUUGAGUCGAGCAGGACAGUUUCGCCUAUUCUAUCAUCUCAGAACCAGAGAGGAGGAGGGACGACUGAUCUAUUGAAUGCUGCUGAUGGUGGUGCAGGGUCGGGAGGCAACUAUCUAUUGGGUAUCUCUUCUAGAAUGGGAGGAACCCAUGGACGAAAAAAUCCUUCGGAGGGAUUAAUUCCCCAAGUGAUCACGGAAAAGUAUCUUGCAGACUUGCACGCUAGGAUCAAGAGGGCAUUAAGGAUGAAAGACCGAUGGACAGCGAUUUGGCAUGAUCUGCUCAAAGCUGGAUUCUUGGCACAAGAUAUUCAAGAAAAUGCAGAUAAUCCAGAAAAAAAAUUUCGUUCGACCUUGCGACCAUUGAUAUCUAAAUCAAAGGAGCGGUUGUUAUCAUUUGAAUGGCAUUGGUACCUGAGAAUUCGUCCGAUCCUGUUACGGUCUCUAUCGGUGCUUUGUGCGAUCUUGUCACUGUUGAUCGUAUGGUCCGAGAUGACGUACCAAAGUAUCAACCCUAUCCUGAGCGUCAUUGGGCUUUUGGUGCAAUUGUCACGCGAUCACAUGUCCUACGGAGCUAUUGAGGCUAUCAGUUUCUUUAUAAUGUUGUACAUGUGUAUAUGUGCCUAUACAACUCUCAUGAAGAUGAAGUUGCUUAGCAACUAUGUUCUCGUGCCUAACCAUCACACGGAUGAACCAACUUUGCUCUUUAUCGGAUCUUACCUCUGUCGUCUGACGUUCCCAUUGGUCUAUAACUAUCUCACCAUUUCAGCUGUUGGCAAGGAGGACAGCACAGAAUUUCAAGCUUACAUGGGAAAGAUCGACAUGAUUCCGUUGUUGGGCGAGUUCAACUAUUACAUGCCAUAUGCGAUCUUGGUGCCGACAUUGAUCACACUAUUCAACGUUUUUGCAAAGAUGUUUGCGCUCUGCACUAUCUCGGAUCAUUUCUUCAACAAUGAUGAUGAUGAUGGCGGCAUUGGUGGGGAUCUUGAAGAAGGAUUACAAGUCCUUAAAGAUGCUCGCAGAGAUGAAGAGAGACUAUUGCUGCCAGAUCGAGUUGGAUUGAACAGAGACUUUACGGCAAGGCGGGGAGCAGCUUUUGAGUCCUACAACAAUAACAAGAAGCGUAGAAGGGGCGAAACACCAGUGCAUAGCAUACUAGGUAAUGAAGGCUCCAGUACGAACGUAUGGAGAGAUCUCAGACCUCAUCCUAGCAGCGGAGCAAAUCAACGGGCCUUCCAGGACCCAUACUAUGAUGAUUCGACAGAUGAAGAUGAAUCACACUUGAAUAAUCUAUCGGGAGGUUACGGUCGUCGAGAAUCACUCGAUCCCUAUGCCGUCAUUUCACGAAGGAACUCAUUUGAUGGAACUUGGCCUUAUCACCAUGGUAAUCGAGGUCCACUUGGGGGAACCGCAUCAAACCGGAGUUCACAUAGGAAUUUGAGCCAUUUCAGUAGUGGUAACCAUGCACAGCAACAGCGAGUACCAUUAUCUUCAAGUAAUCCCGGGCCGUUCAAGACUUUUUGGCAGAAGCUGAUUAAACCCAAGCAGGCCAUAGCAUUAGGUGGGCCCACGGGGGUAAGAACCACUGACCCUAUGGACAGCGACAGUGCUAGAUCAAGUAUUGAGAGCACAGGCCAUAACGAUUACCAUCAACAACGCCAUCAACAGCAACAGCAUCCGUAUCCGCAUCAUCCCCACCAUUCAUCACAGCGAGGUAGUCAUCGUCCGGAAAGUAGGAACACAUUAGGAACCUCAGCUACAUCGUCUCGGACAGGGCCUGCAUUGAUGUUAUCAUCCCAACAGCAGCCAUCACAUUAUGGUCAUUAUGGCAGGUCGUUACAAGACGAUGAUCGAGAUCGGGAACGAUUGCUUUCUAGCAACGAUACCAGAAUGCUAUCCAGUGGAGGUGGUGGCAGCGGUCGGAAUAGUGCGUACUCAUCAAGAACUGUGAGUCCACAGGGUAGGGUUGCAGCGGGACCGCUCUAUCAGUAUCAACAACAACAACAACAAGCAAUAGGCGGCAAUAGCGGUGGUAGAAAGAGUCGGCCAAAUAGUCGAGUGUUUGGAUCUAAUAUUCCAAUUUCCGGGGGAGGAACAGAAAGAGGAAAUGGGAACACUCGAUCUGUUCCUAGUAGCCACCGUCAAGCAAGUCCAUUGAUCCACAUUAAUGAUGAGGAUGGUUGAUUAGAGCA